AGGUCGCGUAGUUCAAGUGGGGGAUGGGAUUGCUCAUAUUAUAGGUCUUGGUGAAAUAAUGUCAGGUGAAUUGGUCGAAUUUGCAGAAGGUACUAGGGGUAUUGCUCUGAAUUUGGAACCCAAAAAUGUUGGGAUUGUAUUAAUGGGCGAUGGGUUGAUGAUACAAGAGGGAAGUUUUGUAAAAGCAACAGGAAGAAUUGCUUAGAUACCCGUGAGUGAGGCUUACUUGGGUCGUGUUGUAAAUGCUCUGGCUAAACCUAUUGAUGGGAAAGGCGAAAUUAUAGCUUCCGAAUCUCGCUUAAUUGAACCUGCUCCAAGUAUAAUUUCCAGGCGUUCCAUAUACGAACCUCUUCAAACAGGGCUUAUUGCUAUCGAUUCGAUGAUCCCUAUAGGGCACGGUCAGCGAGAGUUAAUUAUUGGGGACAGACAGACUGGCAAAACAGCAAUAGCCACAGAUACAAUUCUCAAUCAAAACGGGCAAGGUGUAAUAUCUGUUUAUGUAGCUAUCGGUCAAAGAGCAUCCUCCGUAGCUGAAGUAGUAACUACUUUCCAUGAGGAGGGGGCCAUGGAAUGCACUAUUGUACUAGCUGAAAUGGUGGAUUCACCUGCUACAUUACAAUACCUCGCUCCUUAUACGGGAGCAGCCCUGGCUGAGUAUUUUAUGUACCGCGAACGGCAUACUUUAAUAAUUUAUGAUGAUCUCUCCAAACAGGCACAAGCUUCUCGCCAAAUGUCCGUUCUAUUAAGAAGACCUCCCGGCCGUGAGGCUUAUCCAGGGGAUGUUUUUUAUUUGCAUUCACGCCUUUUAGAAAGACCUGGUAAAUUAAAUUCUCUUUUAGGCGAAGGAAGUAUGACCGCUUUACCAAUAGUCGAGACUCAAUCUGGAGAUGUUUCUGCCUAUAUUCCUACUAAUGUAAUCUCCAUUACAGAUGGACAAAUAUUCUUAUCUGCGGAUCUAUUCAAUGCCGGAAUUCGACCCGCUAUUAAUGUGGGUAUUUCUGUUUCCAGAGUAGGAUCCGCGGCUCAAAUUAAAGCCAUGAAACAAGUAGCUGGCAAAUCAAAAUUGGAACUAGCGCAAUUCGCAGAGUUACAAGCCUUUGCACAAUUCGCCUCUGCUCUCGAUAAAACAAGUCAGAAUCAAUUGGCAAGGGGUCGUCGAUUAAGGGAAUUGCUUAAACAAUCCCAGGCAAAUCCUCUCCCAGUGGAAGAGCAGAUAGCUACUAUUUAUACCGGAACAAGAGGAUAUCUUGAUUUGUUAGAAAUUGAACAGGUAAAUAAAUUUCUGGAUGAGUUAUGUAAACAUCUAAAAGAUACUAAACCUCAAUUCCAAGAAAUUAUAUCUUCUAGCAAGACAUUCACCGAGCAAGCGGAAAUCCUUUUGAAGGAAGCUAUUCGCGAACAGCUGGAACGGUUUUCUCUUCAGUAACAAAUAAAUUUUGCAUGUCUACUCUUGUUAGUAGAAUAGGAAUCGUUGAGAAAGCUUUUUCAUUUGAAUCAUGCAAAAAAGUUUUCAUUGUUUUUAGUUUA